AUGAAAAGGAGAGUCGGGGUCGAUAUAAGAAUGAUUGUUUCGGAUUCCUUUGAUGGUCCAUUUUCCACUAGUGCCACAAAACAACACCGUGUUUGUGUUUGUGUUUGUUGUCAGACCAAACUAGUGAAAAGAUUUAUGGCAAGGAAAGAGAGUGAUGUUUUUAGGGAUCUUUCUUCUUCUUCCGACAACCGAGAGCUCAACAAGAACUCUAAUCCUUUCAACUACAUACUUCAAGAAGCUCGUGUUGAAACAGUGAAAGAGGGAAAACAUUAUGUUAUUCCUGUACCUCCGUCAGAUAUGGUUCAAAAUCUUAAAGGCAAUGAAUCCUUCAGAGCCCAUAAGUCGAUUCUUGCAGCUCGAUCUCCCAUAUUUAGAGCUAUGUUUUUUGGAUUAGUUGGUAAUCCAAACAUGGAAACAGUAGCCAUUGAUGAGUUUGAUCCCUUUUCCUUUAAGGCCAUGUUGUUAUUUUUAUACUCAGAUGAACUUCCCGAGGUACCUGAACUUUCUGACUCAGAUUCACUUUGCACUUCAACGACAAUCCUGCAACAUAUGUUAGCUGCAGCAGAUCGCUUUCGUCUUGCUCGUUUAAGAGUCAUGUAUGAGGCAAAAUUAUGUGAAGAAAUAAAUUCAAAUACGGUGGCGACCACUCUGGCCCUAGCAGAACAACACCAAUGUCUGCAACUGAAAACUGCGUGUCUAGACUUCGCAGCUAAACCCAAAAAUUUGGGAGAGGUUACAAAAUCUGAUGGGUUUUCAUAUUUGGAGAAGUGUUGUCCCUCCCUAUUGAUUGAUCUGCUGAAGACUAGUGCAGCGGUAGAUAAAAGUGUAGUCUAUUACUUUGCAGGAAAGGACUGUGGUCUUCCUAAAGAUUUUUAUGUAAAGUCGAAGGGGUUAAGUGGACAUCCUAUUCAAGUAUCUAGUGGUCAAUUUGCUGCAUUGGAGGGUGAAUUAGAGAGGAAAGGACUUCUGUUUGAUUUAUGA